CGUCGUACUAUGAAACUGUAUAACGAUAGUCUUGCAAUCAAGCAAUCCAAUCACACAUUUCGAUAUCUGGAAACUUCGUCUGUGGAUGUUUACUGUUACGAAGUACGGGAGCUCGUCAAGGAUCGCCAUGUGACACAAUUUGGGCCUUCGACGAUGUUACUUGGGGGGAAUUUACAUGAACCCCAAGUAAUGUGGCGGUCACAUGCCGUCGCAGUUAUUUUCUUGCUCUGGUUGUGGCAAGCAGCUACGAGGAUGGGGAAACCACAAGAACGCUUGCCCAAAAACGUUGUCCACGACUAUGGAGAAGAUCCCCGUCACACCUUCCACGAGCGACAAUUCCUCCGCUCCUGCGCCCACGCCCCCAACAGAACCGUUUCGCCCAUCGAAGGAACGAAUCAUGCGGCGUAUCCCACAUGGAGCAAGGCCUGCUGCCAGGGCGUCGCUGUUAAAGGUUCUCCAGCAGGUCGCCACCAAUAAUGACAGUAACUCUUGGUCGAAGCUGCUGUCCUUCGCGCCCACGGCUCUCCGUCAGCCCGUAAAGAGCAAGUCUGGACAUUCAGGGUCCCUAGCGUCCACGGUUAAGCAGAACAUCGGGAUUUUUGAUAGUGGCGCCGCAGUCCCUCCUACACCUUCGCCGCCCGCCAGGAAGAAGCGUACAGACCAGGAUGAUCUUGUGCGCAAGGUUGGGCAAAAAAUUGACGACGGCUCAAUUUCGGGAGCGAUGAGAAUCGUCAUGUCGACUGACGCUGUCCUCCGACCGACUCCUGACGUCCUAGCAGAACUCCGUGAAAAGCACCCCGAGAGCGACCCACCCCUUGUAGUUCGCCCCGAUCCGCCUCCUCAAGCGGCCGCCCGCAUUACUCGGGAGGAAGUCUUCGCUGCCGUUCACAGCUUCCCAAAGGGUUCUGCCGCUGGGCCGGAUGGGUUAAGACCGCAGCACCUUGCAGAUAUGGUCGGAGCCAAGCUGGACGCCCAAUCUGCCCCCCUUUGCGACGCUCUGGCGACCGUCAUGAACAUCGCCAUCGACGGAAACAUUCCCGUUGGAGUACGCCCUGCAUUUUUUGGUGGCAAACUGAUCGCCUUAAGAAAGAAGGAAGGCGGGUUGCGCCCCAUCGCAGUUGGGAUGACUCUCCGCCGGUUGACAGCUAAGAUAAUUUGCGCCCGACUAAAAGACCGUUCAGCAGCCAUUUUGUCUCCGCAACAAUUGGGAGUAAACGUGCGCGGCGGAGCAGAAGCGAUUGUUCACGCGACCAGGAAAUUUAUCGAAUCCACUGGCGACACGACCAAGGUUGUUCUCAAGGUGGAUUUCAAAAACGCCUUUAACACCUUGUCUCGCGAAGCCGUUUUAACCGCAGCGAAAGAACGCUUUCCAGAGUACAGCGAUUUUCUCACCGCAGCCUACGGCCAUCACUCUACCCUUUACGUGGACGACCUGACACUAUCGUCGGAAUCCGGUGUCCAACAAGGCGACCCGCUAGGCCCGCUGCUGUUCAGCCUCGCACUACACCCACUGAUAUCCUCGUUGAACGCCGAACUCAACGCCUGGUUCUUGGACGAUGGGACCCUGGGCGGAGCUCCGGCGACAGUGGCGGAAUGUUUCAGUCGAAUAAUUGAACGCGCUCGUGCUAUCGGACUGCAGGUUAAUGAAGCCAAAUGUGAACUGUUUGUUUUUGGUGGAACACUUGAGUCGCAGGGGAAUGUCACAGCGGAAUACAUUGAUCGUUUCCCGCGAUUGCGCAUUUUGUCGGCGUCUACUAUGUCCCUACUUGGCGCGCCUGUUCUAGAUGAAGCAAUUGGGCCGCUACUCAUCGAGAAAGCCAGCACCUUGAAGAUGGUGUGCGAACGGCUUCAACUGCUUCCCAGCCACCAAGCACUGUUCCUACUGAAGAAUUGUCUCGGCGCCCCGAAAAUCAUUUAUAUGUUACGGUGCUGUAAUGCAUGGAAAUAUCCUACCCUGCUAUACCAGCUGGAUGAAACGAUGCGCGCUUGUUUCCAGAAUUUGUCGAACGUACGAACCAACCACAACGACUACCCGCCUUGGCGUCAGGCAACCCUCCCGGUUAGCAGAGGUGGAAUUGGCAUUCGUCGGUCGGAAGAAUUAUCUUUACCAGCCUUCUUGGCUUCGAUUCAUUCCGUAUCCGGCUUGCUCUCUUCAUUACUGCCUGACCACGGUGUUGUCGAUGUUUCUGGUGCAGUGGAGUCAUGGAAACUGAAAGCCCGCCAGCCAGAGAUUCCAGAGUUAGCAUACCGGAAGUCCCAAAAGGCUUGGGACUUGCCAUUAUGCAACGUUUCCCUCUCCUCCCUGCUCGAGGUGUUUCAGGGUGACGAGCUAAAUAAAGCGCGCCUGCUUGCUCAGUCCAGACCUGAAGCUGGGAUCUGGUUGAACGCCCUGCCAUCCGCUCACAUUGGUAACCUGCUGGGCGACGACGAAUUGAAGAUCAGCGUUGGUCUCCGCCUCGGCGCUACGAUCUGUGAACCUCACGACUGCGUCAAAUGUCUCAAACCCGUGGAUGGUUACGGUCACCACGGGCUGUCAUGUGAUUUCUCCGCCGGAAGGCACCCGCGCCACGGCGGGCUUAACAGUAUCAUCUGCCGAGGAUGUGUGUCCGUCGGUGUGCCCGCAAAACUGGAGCCGCGUGGAACCUCUCACACUACGGAACGCCGCCCAGACGGUUGCACGACAUUUGCGUGGAAACGCGGGCUGUGUCUCGCAUGGGACGUGACAUGUGUAGACACGGUUGCGCCGUCACAUGUCAAAGCAACUUCGACCACAGUGGGAGCGGCCGCCGUGCAAGCUGAGGAUAAGAAAUCCAGACUCUAUAUUUACCUAGCUGGCCGUUACCUAUUCGUUCCAAUUGCCUUUGAAACCAUGGGUCCAUGGGGACCGUCAGCAAUCGCAUUUAUCAAAGAACUGGGGAAGAUACUUCAGCAGCAAACUGGCGAAGCACGCUCGCAUGAAUUUUUAAGACAGCGCUUGUCGAUAGAGAUUCAGCGGGGUAACGCGGCGUCAGUGCUUGGCACGAUGGAAGGGCUGGAUAAAUUAAAUGAGAUUUUCUUGUUGUAGUAUACAUGUUUCUUUCUUUACUUUGCCCCCAAGUAUGAUUUGACCAAUAAAGCUACAUAUAUCACACAUUUUGCUAACUAUGUUUCGAUAAAGAACAUUCCCGCUCGAAUUACAGCCUGUUAACCCUUCUUCUCCCAAUUAAUUUCAUCCUCAUUAACACAUUUAGCAAUUCUCGUUUCGUUCUUCUUCCGCUGUACUUCGCCGUUAACCAGCUUCUCCACUUGGUAUUGCGUUUCGAAUACCCGCGUAGACACUGCAAACCUCAAAGUACUGACAUCCAAUACGAUGCCAGUGAACCCGGGAUUAUUUACCGUGGUAUCCAAGUAAUCCUUCG